ACACAAUUCAUCUGCAAUAUGUUUAGAAAUUCUUAGAAAUUUCGAUUCAAAAUUCAACAUUUCUCAACUCUAAAAAAAUAGUUUUCCAUAUUUGAACCCAUCGACCAGUUCUUAAUAUCACAUUUGAUAAAUGGGAACUGUAGUGAGUUCUAUGCAAAAACCGAUGAUGUAUGUCAACAUGGACAGUUCGCAGGCACAGUUUGUACGCCAAACGAUAGCCGACAACAAAGUCGUGAUCUUUAGCAAGACCUAUUGUCCCUACUGCAGCAUGGCCAAGGAGCAGUUUCGUAAGCUGAAUGUACAAAUGACCGUGAUUGAGCUGGACCUGCGUAACGAUGCUGAUGAUAUCCAGGCGGUGCUUGGCGAGCUAACCGGAGCUCGGACAGUGCCGCGUUGUUUUAUUAAUGGUAAAUUUGUGGGAGGUGGCACUGAUGUGAAGCGCCUCUACGAACAGGGCAUUCUGCAAAGAUACUUCCAGUGACAUAAACUUGGGACGAUUUACUUUGGGGUUGAAGCUGCAGUUAACUUUAUGUUUGAUUUGCGUUUGGUUGGGUAAUAAAAUCAUAUUGCAUAAAUAA